CACUAUUUCAGAUUAACAUCAAAAUGCCUUCACGUCGCUAUAAAGACGACUGUAUAAUUUUCGACGAUGAUUAUCCAGGAUAUUUCGCCAACAACUACAUGCUACCAGCACGCUAUGAAAAGUACAUCGAAAGCAUUAUCGUACCACACGGAAUGGUUUUGGAUCGUCUCAAUAAAAUGGCUUCUGAUAUUCUCGACGCUUAUGAAUGCAUGAACACACGCUCAAUUCAUAUCAUAUGCAUCUUGAAGGGUGGUUUCAAAUUCGCCUCUGAUCUAUUCGAAACAUUGCAAACAUUUAUCACAUCGAGGAAGAAAGAUAUCAAUGUGUAUAUUGACUUCAUCUCAGCUAGUACUUAUGUUAAUGAUUCUGUUGGUGAUGGGACAAAAUUAAAUGCCUGUACAGAUAUGGAGAAAUUUCGAAAUAAGAAUGUUCUCAUUGUCGAGGAUCUCGUUGAUACGGGAACAAGUCUUACUAAAAUCGAAGAAUUUGUCCGUCAAUAUAAUCCACUCUCGUUACACACAGCUUGUCUGUUACUGAAAAGAAGACCUGACUGUGCUGGAUACAUAGCAGACUGUAUAUGA